AUGGACAGGAACUACCCGGCCGCCGGGUGGGACCCGCUCAGCGCCGGGCCCGGCUGGAGCUACGAGCGCUCGGCCAAGGCCAGCCUGGUGUACGGGGGCUCGCGGGGGUCCCACCCCGACCCCGACCUGCUGCACCGGCAGCCGUACGGAGCGCCCCACCCGCUGCAGGGCUAUGCGGCCAACCACCACCCGCCAGGUCUCUCGGGGCUCUUUGAGACGGGGCUGCACCACGCGGGGGGCGCCGCCCCCGACGCCUCCGUCAUGAACCUGAUCUCAGCGCUGGAGUCGCGGGGACCCCAGCCCGGACCCUCGGCCUCGUCCCUGCUCUCCCAGUUCCGCACGCCCUCCUGGCAGACCGCCAUGCACACUCCAGCUCCGGCCGAACUCUUCAUCUCGGGCGCCCUGCCCGGCUCGGGCACCUUCCCGUCCUCGUCGGCGCUGGGUCCCUACCAGCACCCGGCGUCGUUCGGCGGCCGCAGCUUCCCGGUGGGGUCCCCGCUGAGCCUGCCCGAGGCCGCCUUCAGCCCCGGCUCCAACGGGCUGCUGUCGCCGCACGAUCCGCUGCUGCACAUCAAGCCGGCGCAGCCCGCCGUGCCCUCCUCGCUGGGCUUCGACCGCCUGGGCUCGGCCGUGCUGGGCUCGGCGCUGCCGGCGCAGACGCCGCCGUACCGGCCGGCUCCCGGUUCGUCGCAGUUCAACCUGCUGGCGGCGGCCGAGCAGCCGCCUCAGCUCUACAACGCGCCCGUGUUCGGCGGCGCCAACGCGGCGGGCGGCGGCGACCGCGCCAUAUCGCGGCAGGACAGCGUCAUCAAGCACUACCAGCGGCCGGGCGCGGCCCAGCCGCAGCUGCCGCCGGCGCCGGGGCUGCAGCACUACCUGAGCUGCGGCGGCUCGUACCAGCAGGUGCCGGCGCACCGCGCCCCGCUGUCCUGCAGCCCGCUGGGCGAGCAGUCCCCGGCCAGCUCUGAGGGCUCGCAGCAGCAGCCGCCCAAGGCCGCGCCGGCGGCGCCGCGCCCCGAGCCGGGCUACCGGCCCAUCAUCCAGUCGCCGGGCUACUCUGGCGGUGCCAACGCCGCGGGCAACGGCGGCGCGGCCGGCGGCAACGGCGGCAAAUCCAAGAGUUACUCGGCGUCGCGGCAGCCGACGCCGCGCUCCACCAACACGCCCAAGUGCCAGAGCAGCUACACGCCCAGCACGCCCAAGCCCAGCUCGGUGAUCGCCAGCCAGUCUCCGGCCUAUUCGCCGGGCCAGCCGCCGCAGAGCCUGCUGGCCAUGGGGGCGGCGCCCGGCUACAGCGGCCCCGGCGCGCCCCAGAGCCUGGCGGGGACGGCGCAGCCCUCAGGAGGGUUCGGCGCGGGCCAGGCCGGGGACAUGGCGGGCAAAGGAGGCGGCUACCAGGGCGCGGGGCAAGGCGGGCAGCAAGGCGGGCUGCAGCCCUGCGUCAGCGCCGCGGGCACCUACUCGCCCGAGCAGCUGCAGGCGCUGCCCUACGGCGUGCAGCCCGAGGGGGCGCAGCCGGGGGGCUACGGGCCGCCCGCCCCCUCGCAGGGUCUGCCCACGGCCAGCCCCUCGCUGAGCUACAGCGCCACCGGGCACUCGCCCGCCAUGCCCGGCCCGCCGCCGCUGCCCUACGCCGGCCUGGGCGGCUCCAGCCCGUCGCCCAUCAUCCGCCCGCUGCAGUCGCCGCCGGCGGCGCGGCCGCAGAGCGGGGCCUCGCCGGGACAGUCGCAGAAAUACCUGGGCUCCGUGCUGUCGCCGUCCUUCAUGGCCCCGCAGGGCUACGGCGCCGCGCCGGGCGGGGGGCUCGACAGGCAGCAGCCGCCAGCCCCGCCGGGGGCGCCCCCCACUUUCGGCAAAGGGGCCAAGGGCGAGGCGGAGCUGCUGGCGGCGGAGCGCAGCGAGGACGAGGAUUUCCUGAUCCAGCACCUGCUGCAGGCGCCCAGCCCGCCCCGAGAGGGGCUGGGGGGCUGCGAGGAGCGCCCCAAAGCCUUGGGGGGCUACGGCGGCGCGCUGGGCAAGGAGGAGCGCUACCAGCUGCAGAGCGUCAUCCGGCCCAACUCCAACCUGGAGGCGCCGCUGGAGCUGGCGCUGCUCAAGGAGAAGAAGAAGCCGGAGAGGGGCAAGGAAUUCCGGGCGGCCAGCGGAGCAGCAGGAGGCGGCGGCGAGGUGGCGGCCACGUCGGUGGUGCACUACGGGCACCAAGCGCCGCCCGCCAUGGACACGUACGAGAUGAAGAAACCACCCGAGCACCUGGCCGGCGGCAAGGAGCUGGGCCAGCCGCCCCCGCCGCACUCGUACCUGCCCAAAACCCCCGAGCACGGGCGGCUGGUGGGCGAGGGGCCCCCGCUGGAGCCCCACAACCUGCUGCUGGACCCCUCGCCGGAACUGGGGGGCUCCCUGCUGCCCUCGGUGCUGACGCACACGCAGAGCCAGCUGCACCCGCGGCCCAGCAAGGGCCGGGCGCCGCUGGACGUUCACCUGCUGGAGCAGCAGCGCAUGCCGCCCCCUCCGCCGCCGCCUCCGCCGCUGCUGCUCGAGGCCCACCUGCACCAGGUGCGCUCGCAAGGCCUGGACCCGCAGGCGCCGCCGCCGCUGCCCCCCGACUCCAUGGAGGUGUUGCCCCCUCCCCAAGAGAUCCAGGACUUCUUGGAGCCCCCGCUGGGUUUGGAGCCGCACCUGGGGCAGAGCGCGGGGGUCCAGGGACCCGCCGGGCACCUGCUGGACCCCGAGGGGGGCGUCCCGGCCGUGCCCCCCGAGGCCAAGGAUCAGUUUUCGGAAGGGGGCAGCCCCGCCGGGGGCAAGGGGCGUUUCGUGCCCCUCACGUCCAUCUGCUUCCCGGACGCGCUGCUGCAGGACGAGGACCGCGGCUUCUUCCCCGGCAUGGAGGACAUGUUCGGGCCGCCGCCCGAGGAUUUCCCCAAGGCCAGCGAGGAGGAGGAGGAGGAAGGCAGCGCCAACGCGGCCGGGCUGGAGGCGGCGCGGCCCGAGGGGAUGAAGGCGCCCCCUCCGUACGACAUGGGGCAGAGCUACCCCUCGUUCUGCCCGCAGGACGGAGGCGCCGCCGGGGAGCCCCCCCAGCUGGCGCUGGAGCCCCCCAAGCACGAGCUGCCCUCCACGGUGAACGCGGAGCCGCUGGGUUUGAUCCAGAGCACGGGCGACGGGGGUCCCAAACCGCCUCCUCCGCCUCUGAGCACGCCUUUAUUCUGCUCCUCCAAACCCAAGAAGCUGCUCAAAACCUCCUCCUUCCACCUGCUCCGCAAGCGGGACCCCUUCCCGCCGCCCAAGAAGACCUACGCGCAGGAGUACGAGUUCGAGGACGACGAGGACAAGGCCGACGUGCCCGCCGACAUCCGCCUCAACUCGCGGCGCCUCCCGGACCUGCUGCCCGACCUCAUCUCCAGCUGCCGCCGCGCUCCGCUCACGCCCAUGGGCGACAUCGACUUCUGCCCGCACCCCGGCGCGCACGCCGCGGCGCCCAAGAAGCGCGGCCGCAAACCCACCAAGCCCAAGCGGGAAGGGCCGCCCCGGCCGCGGGGCAGGCCCAGGAUCCGGCCCCUGGAGCCGCCAGGAUUCCCCGAGGGAGCCAAGAGGCCGCGGGGAAGGGGCCGGGGCCGGGGCAAGAAGGGAGGAGAGGACGGAGAGGGGAUGGAGCCGCUGCGGCCGCUCAAGAUCAAACUGGCCGUCUCCAAACCCGACCCCGCCCACCACCCCCCACCACCCGACCCCCCCCAGGCCCGGCUGAAGCAGCGGCUGCGCGAGGCCGAGGAGAAGCAGCCCGAGGUCAAGUCGGGCUUCAUGGCCUCCUUCCUGGACUUCCUCAAGGCCGGCAAGCGCCCCCAGCCCCAAUCCACCCCCAGCCCCACCCCCCAGCCCCAGCCCCACCCCCAGCCACCCCCCAGCCCCUCCAAGGCGCCCCCCAAGAGCUUCCCCGCGCUGGGGGGGUCGCUGGAGGCGGCCGAGGGCGGCGAGGGGCUGGUGAUGGGCGGCUGCGCCUCGCCCUGCAAGCGCCUGGACGAGGAGCUCAAGAGGAACCUGGAGACGCUGCCCUCCUUCUCCAGCGACGAGGAGGACUCGGUCAGCAAGAACCAGGACCUGCAGAAGAGCAUCAGCUCGGCCAUCUCUGCCCUGGAUGAGCCGGCCGAGCGCAGGGAGGGGCACGAGGCGCAAGGGAGCUGCCAGGACCUGCGGCAGAGCAUCAGCUCGGCCAUCUCUGCCUUGGAUGAGCCCCCGGAGCGCAGGGAGGGGCACGAGGCGCAAGGGAGCUGCCAGGACCUGCAGAAGAGCAUCAGCUCGGCCAUCUCUGCCCUGGAUGAGCCCCCGGAGCGCAGGGAGGGGCACGAGGCGCAAGGGAGCUGCCAGGACCUGCGGCAGAGCAUCAGCUCGGCCAUCUCGGCGCUGGAUGAGCCCCCGGAGCGCAGGGAGGGGCACGAGGCGCAAGGGAGCUGCCAGGACCUGGGGCAGAGCAUCAGCUCGGCCAUCUCGGCGCUGGAUGAGCCGGCCGAGCGCAGGGAGGGGCACGAGGCGCAAGGGAGCUGCCAGGACCUGUGGCAGAGCAUCAGCUCGGCCAUCUCGGCGCUGGACGAGCCCCCGGAGCGCAGGGAGGGGCACGAGGCGCAAGGGAGCUGCCAGGACCUGCGGCAGAGCAUCAGCUCGGCCAUCUCGGCGCUGGAUGAGCCCCUGGAGCGCAGGGAGGGGCACGAGGCGCAAGGGAGCUGCCAGGACCUGCGGCAGAGCAUCAGCUCGGCCAUCUCGGCGCUGGACGAGCCCCUGGAGCGCAGGGAGGCACACGAGGCACAAGGGAGCUGCCAGGACCUGCAGAAGAGCAUCAUCUCGGCGCUGGACGAGCCCCCGGAGCGCAGGGAGGGGCACGAGGCACAAGGGAGCUGCCAGGACCUGCGGCAGAGCAUCAGCUCGGCCAUCUCUGCCCUGGACGAGCCCCCAGAGCGCAGGGAGGGGCACGAGGCACAAGGGAGCUGCCAGGACCUGCGGCAGAGCAUCAGCUCGGCCAUUUCUGCCCUGGACGAGCCCCCGGAGCACAGGAGGCGCACGAGGCACAAGGGAGCUGCCAGGACCUGGGGGAGGGUCUCAGGGAGCUGCCAGGACCUGCAGAAGAGCAUCAGCUCGGCCAUCUCUGCCCUGGACGAGCCCCCGGAGCGCAGGGAGGGGCAUGAGGCGCAAGGGAGCUGCCAGGACCUGGGGCAGAGCAUCAGCUCAGCCAUCUCGGCGCUGGACGAGCCCCCGGAGCGCAGGGAGGGGCACGAGGCACAAGGGAGCUGCCAGGACCUGGGGCAGAGCAUCAGCUCGGCCAUCUCGGCGCUGGAUGAGCCCCCGGAGCGCAGGGAGGGGCACGAGGCGCAAGGACCUGUCAUGGAUCUCCAGGACCCUUCCAGGACCUUCCAGGAGUCCCCAUUACCCUUCCAGGACCUUCCAGGACCUUCCAGGAGUCCCCAUGACCCUUCCAGGACCUUCCAGGAGUCCCCAUUACCCUUCCAGGACCAGUCGUGGAUCUCCAUGACCCUUCCAGGACCUGCUGGACCGCCCGAGCCCCCCGAGCGCCCCCUGCACCUGGCGCAGAAGCAGGGCACGGCCGCCGUGUGCGGCGACACCAGCGACGAGGAGGAGAGCGGCGGAGAGGGCAUCUUCAGGGAGAGGGACGAGUUCGUGGUGCGCGUGGAGGACAUCCCCGCGCUCAAGGUGGGCCUGCAGACGGGCCGGGAGCCGCCGCCCAUCUGGAGGGUGCAGAAGGCGCUGCUGCAGAAAUUCACCCCCGAGAUCAAGGACGAGCGCCAGUUCUGCGCCACCAGCAACUACCUGGGCUAUUUCGGCGAUGCCAAGCACCGGUACCAGCGGCUCUACGUGAAGUUCCUGGAGAACGUCAACAAGAAGGAUUACGUGAGGGUGUGCUCCAGGAAACCCUGGCACCGCCCGCUGGCGCUCAGGAGACAGCCCCACCCCAAGCCCAGCGCCCCAGAGCCCCUCCCCCCCCCAGACCCGACCCGGCGGAGAAACCCCAAAAAUCGGAAAAACCCCGAAAACGGAGAAACCCCAAAAAUCCGAGAAACAGCCCCGGGGCCAAAGCGAAGCCCCCAAGGUGAAGGCGGAGCCCCCCCCAAAAAGAGGAAAAAAUGGCUCAAGGAGGCGGCGACGACGUCGGAGUCGGAGUCCAGCGGGGACCCCCCCAGCGAGGAGGAGCGGGCCCCGCCGGGGCGGGUGCUGAACACGCGGGCCAUGAAGGAGAUGUACCGGAGCUACGUGGAGAUGCUGGUCAGCACCGCCCUGGACCCCGACAUGAUCCAGGCCCUGGAGGACACCAACGAUGAGCUGUACCUGCCCCCCAUGCGGAAGAUCGACGGCAUCCUCAACGACCACAAGAAGAAGGUGCUCAAGAGGGUGACGCUGAACCCCAGCCUGCAGGAGGCGCUGCACACGUUCCCGCAGCUGCACGCCGAGCCCGGCGAGUCCCUGGUGCGGCUGCGCCCGGGCGGGGACCCCUACAACCGCAAAACGCUCAGCAAGGUGAAACGGAGCGUGGGCAAGCCGCAGGAGUUCAAGGUGGAGGUGGAGAAGUCGUUCCUGUACACGCUGUACCACUCGCUGCACCACUACAAGUACCACACCUUCCUGCGCUGCAAGGACGAGACGACGGCCAUCGAGGGCCGCGCCGAGGACCUGGGCCAGGAGGAGGUGGUGCAGCGCUGCAUGCGCAACCAGCCCUGGCUCGAGCGCCUCUUCGACUCCUUCAGCGAGCUGCUGGCCCAGGCGCGCGCCAAGUGCGCCUGAAACCCCCCCAAAAUCCGGGGGGACGCCCCCCGGGAUCGGGGACACCCCCCAGAAAUACGGGGUGAUACCCCCGGCACGGAGAGGGGGACGAGGACUGAGCCUCCUGCCAUGGGACGGAGCUGCCGGCGUGGGGACAGACGCCUGGACACCCCCGAAAAUGGGGAUCACCCCCCCUGAAAAAUCGGGGUGACACCCCCAGAAUCGGGGAUCCCCCCAGAAAUCGGGGAUCCCCCCAGAAAUCGGGGAGGCACCCCCCGAAAUCGGGGAUCCCCCCUGCAGAAAUCGGGGUGACACCCCCGGGAUGGAGAGGGGACGUGCUGGGAUAAGGACUGAACCUUCUGCUGCCGGGACGGGGACACCUGGAACCCCACAGUGGGGACACCCCAAAAUAUGGGAGACCCUUCAAAAACACGGGGGGACACCCCCAAAAACACGGGGUGACACCCCCCCGAAAUCGGGGGUUCCCCCCCAAAAAAAAUCGGGGUGACACCCCCCGGGAUAAGGACUGAACGUCGUGCCGCAGGGAUGGAGCUGCCAGGAUGGGGACAGCUGGCACCCCAAAAUGUGGCGACCCCCCCCCCCCCAAAAGAUGGGGACCCUCUCCAAAAUAUGGGGACCCCCCCCCAAAAUCGGGGUGACACCCCCGGGAUGGAGAGGGGACACCCCCGGGGUAAGGACUGAACCUCCUGCCACAGGGAUGGAGCUGCCAGGAUGGGGACACCAAUGUGGAGGGAGCACCCCAAAAUAUGAGGGACCCCCCCCCAAAAUAUGGGGACCCCCCCAAAAUAUGAGGGACCCCCCCAAAAUAUGGGGACCCCCCCCCAAAAUAUGGGGACCCCCCCAAAAUAUGGGGACCUUCCUAAAAAUGGGGAAACCCCCCCAAAAAAUGGGGUGACAUCCCCAGAACGGUGUGAGGGGGGGGACAAGGACUGAACCUGUCACCAUAGGGACACCGAUGUGGGGGAGACCCCCCCGCAGUGGGGCACCCCAAAAUUCGGGGAUCCCCCCAAAAAUUCGGGGAUCCCCCCCAGAAGAUGGGAACCUCCCCCAAAAUUUGAGGACUCGCCCAAAAUCGGGGAUCCCCCCCCCCAAAAAAAACGAGGUGACACCCCCAGAACGGCAGAGGGGACAAGGACCGAACCUCCCACCGUGGUGACACCAAUGUGGAUGGGGCACCCCAAAAUAUGGGGGGAUCCCCCCCAAAAAAAAUUGCACCCCAAAAUAUGGGGGGGACCACCCCCCAAAAAAUUGGGACUAUUCCAAAAGCCCCUCAAAAUGGGGGGGGGGGUUUGGGAUAAGGAUCGAAGCUCCUGCAGUGAGGACACACUUGAGACCCCCCCUAGGGCACCCCAAAAACAUCAGGGGGGUCCCCAAAACUCGGGGAGGUCCCCCAAAAUUGGGGGGGGGGGUCCCCAAAAUUUGGGGAGGCACGCCCAAAGGAGGGGGAGUGGGACAGAACCCCGCCCCCCAGGAAUAGGGGGAUCCCCUGAGGGGGUGGGAGGGCACCCCAAAAAUGGGGACACCCCCAAAAAUGGGACACCCCAAAAAUGGAGACACCCCCAAAGAGUAGGGACACCCCAAAAAUGGGACACCCCAAAACUGGAGACACCCCCAAAGGGUAGGGACACCCCAAAAAUGGGACACCCCAAAAAUGGGACACCCCAAAAAUGGGGACACCCCCAAAGAGUAGGGACACCCCAAAAUGGAACAGCCCAAAAGAGUAGGGACACCCCAAAAAUGGGGACACCCCCAAAGAGUAGGGACACCCCAAAAAUGGGACACCCCAAAAAUGGGGACACCCCCAAAGAGUAGGGACACCCCAAAAAUGGGGACAGCCCCAAAGAGUAGGGACACCCCAAAAAUGGGACACCCCAAAAAUGGGGACACCCCCAAAGAGUAGGGACACCCCAAAAAUGGGACAGCCCAAAAAUGGGACACCCCAAAAAUGGGAACACCUCAAAAACAAGGACAGCUUUGGGGGAACCCCCCCCAAUUUCUGACAGAGUUGGGGACCCCCCCAGGACACAACAAAAUUGGGGGACACCCCCCACGAGCUGCACCCCAAAAAUUGGGACCCACACACAUUUGGGGAUCCCCCCUCUUUGGGUACAGCCCCCCCCCCCCCCCAAAAUUGAGGCACCCCCUUUUUAGGGACCCCCCCCCAAAAUCACCCCAGCAGGGUCUGUGUGUCCCCCUCCCCUUUUUUUUUCUGGAAAUUGGCAGAGGUACAGGGGACCCCCCACCCCCCCAAAAAAAAAUGGGGUGUCCCCACCCCCACCCAAAUCGGGGGGUCCCCCCAAAAACGCCCCCCCGGCGGAGCCCCCCCUAUUUAUAUAUAUGUACAAAUGUCUAUUAGCAGCCCCCUCUCUCCGCCCGGGGGGGGGCCCCAAUUUUGGGGAGGGGGUCCCCAGUUUUUGGAGGGGGGGGGGUGCCCCAACAUCGGUGUCCCCCAAAAUCCCAGG